AUGUCGCGCUCCUUUUUAGACUUAUGGAUGGCUUGGUCUCUCCUGUGCAUGGCCGCAUUUUUGCAUCUUGGAAACGCCAGUGUCCAGACCUGGGUCCAAGCGGGACCCCUGUACCGCAUGGCUGGUUCCAGGCUUUCCAUUUCCUGCAACGUGAGCGGCUUCGCCAGCGCCACUUCCAGGAAGGAAUUUGAAUUCCGUGUCACCAAGCUCGCCAUGCCUUCUUUUCCGCUGAAUAUCAUCAGCACGGCAGACCCGAGCUUCGGUUACGCCCAGUACCGCGCCAGGGGCCCGGACAUUGCCUUGACGUAUUUGUCGCCCAACUCUGUUCUCUUUGAGAUAAAAAGUCUCCAGCAGGAUGAUGAAGGAGAGUACGACUGCUCCGUGAUCAACCCAGAAUAUAUUUAUGAUGGAACCUACAGUGUGAAAACUACUGUCAAAGUAAUUAAUGACUCCCUGAGUGUUUCGUCGGACGCACCGGCCUCGCUGCACCACAACGAAGGUGAAUUGCUGGCUCUAACGUGCCGGGCCUCCAGCAACACCAUCCAGCACACCCACCUGUCUGUGGGCUGGUACCUCCAGAAGGAAAGUGACGCCGAGUCGCGACUCAUUCUGUCCCUGGACCGAGACUUCACAUUAAGACCCGGCCCAGGGUUUCUAGAGCGCUACCAAGCCAACCUGGUGAGACUGGACAAAGUCGGAGAGGCCGUUUACAGGUUGACGAUAGAUGGGUUGGAGCCAUCUGACUCAGGUCGGAUCUACUGCCGGGCUCAGGAGUGGAUAGAGGAUCCCGACCUUACAUGGUUCUCCUUGACGCAGAAGACUGCGAAGGAGACUGUGCUGGAUGUCAAAGGCAAAGAGCUGGCGCCAGACAAGGACUCCGUGGUAGUGAGGCUGUCGGCGCGGGAGAAAUCUCUGCAGGAGGGCCAGGAGUUGCUGCUCACAUGCAGCGUCGACACACAUAACCCGGAGGAAAAGAUUUUCUCCGUAGCUUGGCUCCAGAAAGGUGCUGAGCUGGCCCGGAUGGGCCCCACAGGGGUUCUGUCGGUGAGACCUGAGUACAGUCAGCGAGAGACACGAGGAGAGCUCAGGGCCACCAGGAUCAAGAACACAGAUCACCGCCUCGUAUUGCAGUAUGUCAGCGCUGAAGACCAAGGAGAGUACAUGUGCAGAGUGUGGCCCCAAAAAAGAGGACCGCGUGACAUAUUUGUGCAAGGCCAAGGCCAAGACUCCAACUCCCUGCCAGUCAGCAUCUCAGCUACAGUCAGUGAAAUGUCGUUGGAAAUGCAAAAUAGCGUGCAUGUCAAUGAAGGCGACAAGCUGACGUUAGCUUGCAAAGCUCGAGGAUUCAAGGGUCAGCUGUUCAUCACUUGGCAGCGCAAAGUAGAGCAGAAGCCCACGUUCAGCAACAUCAUCGGUCUGAGUCAGGAGGGCGUCGUGGAGACGAUGGAGGAUGAUGUUGCCCAUCGAAUCAGGGCUUCUCGGUCAUCGAAGGACACAUUCGUUUUGGAGAUCAAUGAUAUCAUGAUGGCCGAUUCAGGCGUGUAUCAGUGCGAGGUGUCUGAAACGAAUGGUCAUUGGAAGACCAGCAAAUUUGUGAAAACCACAAUGACAGUUGCUCCAAUCGCGUCGCUCGUGGAUGUGAAGCUGAGAAGUCGCAAUACCAUCGUGACUAUAGGAGACAAUGUAGAACUGAUGUGCCAUGUCAAAGGGCCACAUCUUGCCAAGAUGCUGACCUGGAGUCUGCAACGUGGCGCCUCGCCCGUAGACAACAUCCUGACCAUGUACUCCGACGGUGCUAUCAGAUGGUCUGGGGAACAACAGCGCUACCAUCUUCGGGUUGAUAAUGCACAAAAUGAAAGUGUUUACUACCUCUUCAUCCAUGGCGCUAGCCACAGAGAAACGGGGAGCUACCAGUGUCAAGUGUCAGUGUUCCAGAACAACGUUUAUAAACAGCUUCUGCCUUCCAAUCAACUAAUGAUCUUAGUGCAAAACCCAGCAAGUGACCUCAUCCUUACACCUACGCCUGCCUUGACAACAAAUAUCAAUAGUGAUAUCACCAUCCAAUGCUCCGUUGCUUCAUCUCACUCUGGAUCUUCUCGCUUCGCUAUCACAUGGAUUCUUCAGCAAGAGACUCGAAAUGUGACCAUCUUAAAAUGGGAUCGAGACUCCUCAGUAACAGUGGACAACAGCCAGCGGUUCAGCAUGAAGCAGACUAUGGGUCCCAAUUUUGAGUUGACCAUCAGGGAUUCACGAACUUCAGAUGGAGGUUUUUACGUCUGUGAGGUUGUGGAAUGGCUGCAAGACCCACAUGGUGAAUGGUAUCAUCUCCCUGCUGUGGCUAAAAACAUUCAGCUAACGCUCAUUGAGCCUGCACAUGAUCUCCUUUUGGAUGUAAAAGAACAGAUGCUCAUUGCAAAGGAAGGAGACAAAGUGCAACUCAAAUGUGAUCUCAUCUCAGACGUAUCCAGUAACACCUGUUUCUACAAAGUCACGUGGUUCUACGCCAAGCUGGGAUCUUCUGUUGAUACACCCCUAUUGGAGCUCAAUCAUUUUGGUUUACUCAGGUAUUCAGAGCAUAAAGAUCUUCAGGACCUGCAGGAGAGGCUCCGUCUUUCCAGACCCAAUUGGAGUAGCUUCGGCCUUGAAAUUCAGAGAGUCCACCAGGAGGAUAGCGGGAUGUACCGAUGUCGAGUGGAGCAGUACCAACUUGGUAAUGAAGGCAAAAUAGAGCAGUUGGCUUCGGCCGUCGGCAGUUCUAUUGUUCUGUCUGUAAAUUCCACAGGAGAGAGUGAAUCCCGCUCGGGCUGUGCUUCAGGCAUGUGGAUCAGCCUUCUCGUGGCUGUAGCGCUAAUCGCGCUGUUCGAGCUUUGUGCACUAUUUUUUUUAGCGCUGAGGCUCAAGAGGCAUCGAGCCAAGAAGCCCCCAAACAAGCCGGAGCCGUCUUUGUGGACCCAGCGCCUUAUGGUUGACACCAAAUUCACUGAUGACCAAUGA